GGCAACCUGCAGAAGUACUCCAACAACAGUCUGGUGGUGCAGGCCAUGAAGACCAACCUGACAGACCCUGAUAUGCAUGUCCUGUUCUUCGACGUGGAGGCGCUGACGGAGGAGGCCCAGCGGCCCAACCCCACCCCUGGUCUCCCCUGAGACCCUCCAGAAGGCCCAGGGAGCAGCCGACAAGGGAGGGUCCUUCCUGGCCAACAAAGAUCUUCAAACAUGUGAGGGAUGGAUGGAUGCUUGGUCCUGCUAGGUUAUGACUGGAAUGGCACCCUAUUCCUUAUAUAGUGCACUACUUUUGGCAUUUUAACACAGGCAAUAUCUUCAAACAGGUGAGGCAAGGAAGGAUGGUUUGUCCUGGGUUAUGUUCAAAAUGUCCUCCUAUCCAGGCCAAAAGUAGUCCACUAUAUAGUGAAUGGGUAGUGUACUACUAUAUAGGGAAUGGGUAGUGUAGUGUACUACUAUAUAGGGAAUGGGUAGUGUACUACUAUAUAGGGAAUGGGUAGUGUACUACUAUAUAGGGAAUGGGUAGUGUACUACUAUAUAGGGAGUGGGUAGUGUACUACUAUAUAGGGAAUGGGUAGUGUAGUGUACUACUAUAUAGGGAAUGGGUAGUGUAGUAACUAUAUAGGGAAUGGGUAGUUGUAGUGUACUACUAUAUAGGGAAUGGGUAGUGUGCUACUAUCUAGGGAAUGGGUAGUGUACUACUAUAAUAGGGAUAGGGUAGUGUACUACUAUAUAGGGAAUGGUUAGUGUACUUGACUAUAUAUAGGGAAUGGGUAGGUUUACUACUAUAUAGGGAAUGGGUAGUGUACUAAUAUAUAGGGAAUGGGUAGUGUACUACUAUAUAGGGAAUGGGUAGUGUACUACUAUAUAGGGAGUGGGUAGUGUACUACUAUAUAGGGAAUGGGUAGUGUAGUGUACUACUAUAUAGGGAAUGGGUAGUGUACUACUAUAUAGGGAAUGGGUAGUGUAGUGUACUACUAUAUAGGGAAUGGGUAGUGUACUACUAUAUAGGGAAUGGGUAGUGUAGCUACUAUAUAGGGAAUGGGUAGUGUACUACUAUAUAGGGAAUGGGUAGUGUAGUGUACUACUAUAUGGGGAAUGGGUAGUGUAUGUACUACUAUAAGGGAAUGGGUAGUGUUUCUACUAUAUAGGGAAUGGGUAGGGGUACUACUAUAUAGGGAAUGGGUAGUGUACUACUAUAUAGGGAAUGGGUAGUGUAGGUACUACUAUAAGGGAAUGGGUAGUGUACUACUAUAUAGGGAAUGGGUAGUUUUAGUGUACUACUAUAUAGGAAUGGGUAUGGGACUACCCAUAUGGGAAUGGGUAGUGUAUACUAUAUAGGGAAUGGGAGUGACAUAAUAUAGGGAAUGGUAUUUUGUAGUGUACUACUAUAUAAAGGGAAAUGGGUAGUGUACUACUAUAUAGGGGAUGGGUUUGUGUAGUGUAUACUAUAUAGGGAAUGGGUAGUGUACACUAUAUGGGGAUGGUAGUGUAGUGUACUCUAUAUAGGGAAUGGGUAGUGUACUACUAUAUAGGGAAUGGUAGUUGUAGUGUACUACUAUAUAGGGAAUGGGUUUGUGUACUACUUUUAGGGACUACUAUAUAGGGAAUGGGUAGUGUAGUGUACUACUAUAUAGGGAAUGGGGUAGUGUAGGUACUACUAUAUAGGGAAUGGGUAGUGUAACUACUAUAUAGGGAGUGGGUAGUGUACUACUAUAUAGGAAUGGGUAGGGUACUACUAUAUAUGGAAUGGGUAGUGUCUACUAUAUAGGGAAUGGGUGUAGUUGUACUACAUAUAGGGAAUGGGUAGUGUACUACUAUAUAGGGAGUGGGUAGUGUACUACUAUAUAGGGAAUGGGUAGUGUACUACUAUAUAGGGAAUGGGUAGUGUACUACUAUAUAGGGAAUGGGUAGUGUACUACUAUAUAGGGAAUGGGUAGUGUACUACUAAUAUAGGGAAUGGGUAGUGUACUAACUAUAUAGGGAAUGGUAAGUGUACUACUAUAUAGGGAAUGGGUAGGUACUACUAUAUAGGGAAUGGGUAGUGUACUACUAUAUAGGGAAUGGGUAUGUAGUGUACUACUAUAUAGGGAAUGGGUAGUGUAGUGUACUACUAUAUAGGGAAUGGGUAGUGUAGUGUACUACUAUAUAGGGAAUGGGUAGGGUAGUGUACUACUAUAUAGGGAAAUGGGUAGUGUAGUGUACUACAUAUAGGGAAUGGGUAGUGUACUACUAUAAUUGGAAAAUACUACUAUACUAGGGAAUGGGUAGUGUAGUGUACUACUAUAUAGGGAAUGGGUAGUGUAGUGUACUAAUAUAAGGGAAUGGGAGUGGUACUACUAUUAUAGGGAAUGGGUAGGUAGUGUACUAACUAUUAGAAGGGAGGGGGUAGUGUAGUGUACUGACAUAUAGGGAAAUGGGUAGUGUAGUCCACUGAUUAGGGAAUGGGGGUAGUGUAACACUAUAAGGGAUGGGUAAGUGGACUACAAUAUAGGGAAUGGGUAGUGAUACUAUAUAGGGAAAUGGGUAGUGUAACUACUAUAUAGGGAAUGGGUAGUGUAGUGUACUACUAUAUAGGGAAUGGGUAGUGUACUACUAUAUAGGGGAUGGGUAGUGUAGUGUACUACUAUAUAGGGAAUGGGUAGUGUACUACUAUAUAGGGGAUGGGUAGUGUAGUGUAACUACUAUAUGGGAAUGGGUAGUGUACUACUAUAUUAGGGAUGGGUAGUGUAGUGUACUACUAUAUAGGGAAUGGGUAGUGUACUACUAUAUAGGGAAUGGGUAGUGUAGUGUACUACUAUAUAGGGAAUGGGUAGUGUAGUGUACUACUAUAUAGGGAAUGGGUAGUGUACUACUAUAUAGGGAGUGGGUAGUGUACUACUAUAUAGGGAAUGGGUAGUGUACUACUAUAUAGGGAAUGGGUAGUGUACUACUAUAUAGGGAAUGGGUAGUGUAGUGUACUACUAUAUAGGGAAUGGGUAGUGUACUACUAUAUAGGGGAGUGGGUAGUGUACUACUAUAUAGGGAAUGGGUAGUGUUACUACCUAUAGGGAAUGGGUAGUGUAACUACUAUAGGGAAUUGGGUAGUUGUACUACUAUAUAGGGAAUGGGUAGUGUACUACUAUAGGGAAUGGGUAGUGUACUACUAUAUAGGGAAUGGGUUAAUGUACUUUCUAUAUAGGGAAUGGGUAGUGUACUACUAUAUAGGGAAUGGGUAGUGUAUACUAUAAAGGGAAAUGGGUAGUGUAGUGUACACUAUAUAGGGAAUGGGUUGUGUAUGUACUACUAUAUAGGGAAUGGGUAGUGUAGGUACUACUAUAUAGGGAAUGGGUAGUGUAGUUACUACUAUAUAGGGAAUGGUAGUGUAGUGUACUACUAUAUAGGGAAUGGGUAGUGUACUACUAUAUAGGAAUGGGUAGUGUAGUGUACACUAUAUAGGGAAUGGGUAGUGUAGUGUACUACUAUAUAGGGAAUGGGUGUGUACUACUAUAUGGGAAUGGGUAUUUUACUACUAUAUAGGGAAUGGUAGUGUAGUGUACUACUAUAUAGGGAAUGGGUAGUGUAUUUUACUACUAUAUAGGGAAUGGGGUAGUGUACUACUAUAUAGGGAAUGGUUUGUGUACUACUAUAUAGGGAAUGGUAGUGUAACUACUAUAUAGGAGGGUAGUGUACUACUAUAUAGGAAUGGGUAGUGUACUACUAUAUAGGGAAUGGUAGUGUACUACUAUAUAGGGAAAUGGGUAGUGUACUACUAUAUAGGGAAUUGGGUAGUGUUUCUACUAUAUAGGAAAGGGUAGUGUAGUGUAUAUUAUUAGGGAAUGGGUUAGUGUACUACUUUUAAGGAGUGGGUAGUGUACUACUAUAUAGGGAAUGGGUAAAGUGUAGUGUAGUGUACUACUAUAUAGGGAAUGGGGGGAGUGUACUACUAUUUAGGGAGUGGUAGUUCUACUAUAUAGGAAUGGGUAGUGUAGUGUAACUACUAUAUGGGAAUGGGUAGUGUACUACUAUUAGGGAAAGGGUAGUGUACUACUAUAUAGGGAUGGGUAGUGUACUACUAUAUAGGGAAAGGGUAGUGUGCUACUAUAUAGGGAGUGGGUAGUGUACUACUAUAUAGGGGGGUGGGUAGUGUACUACUAUAUAGGGAAUGGGGUAUGUAGUUUCUACUUUAAAAGGGAAUGGGUAAAUGUACUACUAUAUGGGAAGGGGAAGUGUAGUGUACUACUAUAUAGGGAAUGGUAGUGUACUACUAUAUAGGGAAUGGGUAGUGUCUACUAUAUAGGGAAGGGUAGUGUACUACUAUAUAGGGAAUGGGUAGUGUACUAACUAUAUAGGGAAUGGUAUGUACUACUAUAUAGGGAAUGGUAGUGAAAUACUAUAUAGGAAUGGGUAGUUUUACUACUAUAUAGGGAAUGGGUAGUGGUAAAUGUUUUUCUACUAAAAGGGAAUGGGUAUUGUAGUGUACUACUAUUAGGGAAUGGGUUUGUGUACUACUAUAUAAGGGAGUGGGUAUGUACUACUAUAUAGGGAAUGGGUAGUGUACUACUAUAUAUGGAGUGGUAGUGUAGUGUACUACUAUAUAGGGAGUGGGUAGUGUACUACUAUAUGGGAGUGGGUAGUGUACUACUAUAUAGGGAAUGGGUAGUGUAGUGUACUACUAUAUAGGGAAUGGGUAGUGUACUACUAUAUAGGGAAUGGGUAUUUUACUACUAUAUAGGGAGUGGGUAGUGUACUACUAUAUAGGGAAUGGGUAGUGUAGUGUACUACUAUUAGGGAAUGGGUAGUGUACUACUUAUAGGGAGUGGUAGUGUAGUGUACUACUAUAUAGGGAAUGGGUGUGUACUACUAAUGGGAGUGGGUAGUGUACUACUAUAUAGGGAAUGGGUAUGUAGUGUACUACUAUAUAGGGAAUGGGUAGUGUACUACUUUUAUAGGGAGUGUAGUGUAGUGGGACUACUAUAUUUGGAAUGGGUAUGUACUACUAUAUAGGAGUGGGUAGUGUCUACUAUAUAGGGAAUGGUAUGUAGUGUACUACUAUAUGGGGAAAGGGUAGUGUACUACUAUAUAGGGAAUGGGUAUGUACUACUAUAUAGGGAAUGGGUAGUGUACUAAAUAUAUAGGGAAAGGUAGUGUUUUCUACUAUAUAGGGAAUGGGUAGUGUACCACUAUAUAGGGAAUUUGGGGAGUGUACUACUAUAUAGGGAAUGGGCAGUGUACUACUAUAUAGGGAAUGGUAGUGUACUACUAUAUAGGGAAUGGGUAGUGUACUACUAUAUAGGGAAUGGGUAGUGUAGUGUACUAUAAUAGGGAAUGGGUAGUGUACUACUAUAUAGGGAAUGGGUAGUGUACUACUAUAUAGGGAAAGGGUGUGUACUACUAUAUAGGGAAUGGGUAGUGUACUACUAUAUAGGGAAUGGGUAGUGUCUUUCUAUAUAGGGAAUGGUAGUGUACUACUAUAUAGGGAAUGGGUAGUGUACUACUAUAUAGGGAAUGGGUAGUGUACUACUAUAUAGGGAAUGGGUAGUGUACUACUAUAUAGGGAAUGGUAUGUACUACUAUAUAGGGAAUGGGGGAGUGUCCUACUAUAUCGGGAAAUGGGUAGUGUAUGUUCUACUAUAUAGGGAAUGGGUAGUUUUAAACCCCUAUAUAGGGAUGGGUAGUGUACCUAUAUAGGAAUGGGUUAGUGUUAGUGUACUAUUAUAUAGGGGAAAGGGUAGUGUACUACUAUAUAGGGAGUGGGUAGUACUACUAUAUAGGGAAUGGGUGUGUAGUGACUACUAUAUAGGGAUGUUAGUGUCUAAAUAUAUAGGGAAUGGUUAGUGUACACUAUAUAGGGAGUGGGUAGUGUACUACUAUAUAGGGAAUGGGGAGUGUACUACUAUAUAGGGAAUGGGUAGUGUACUACUAUAUAGGGAAUGGGUAGUGUACUACUAUAUAGGGAAUGGGUUAGUGUUACUACUAUAUAGGGAGUGGGUAGUGUACUACUAUAUAGGGAAUGGGUUAGUGACUACUAUAUAGGGAAUGGGUAGUGUAGUGUACUACUAUUAGGGAAUGGGUAGUGUAGUGUACUACUAUAUAGGGAAUGGGUAGUGUGUGUAAAACUAUAUAGGGAAUGGGUAUUAGUUUUACUACUAUAUAGGGAAUGGGUAGUUGUAGUGUACUUUCUAUAUGGGGAAAGGGUAGUGUACUACUAUAUAGGGGAAAGGCUAGUUACUACUAUAUAGGGAAUGGGUAGUGUAGUGUACUACUAUAUAGGGAAUGGGUAGUGUACUACUAUAUAGGGAAUGGGUAGUGUAAAUACUAAUAGGGGAAUGGGUAGUUUUACUACUAUAUAGGGAGUGGGUAGUUUUACUACUAUAUAGGGAGUGGGGAGUGUACUACUAUAUAGGGAAUGGGUAGUGUACUACUUAUAGGGAAUGGGUAGUGUACUACUAUAUAGGGGGUGGGGAGUGUUACUAAUAUAGGGAAAGGGUAGUGUACUACUAUAUAGGGAAUGGGUAGUGUACUACAUAUAGGGAAUGGUAUGUUCUACUAUAUAGGGAAUGGGUAGUUACUACUAUAUAGGGAAUGGGUAGUGUAGUGUACUACUAUAUAGGGAAUGGGUUUGUGUACUACUAUAUAGGGAAUGGGUAGUGUACUACUAUAUAGGAAUGGGUAGUGUAAAUACUAUAUAGGGAAUGGGUAGUGUACUACUAUAUAUGGAAUGGGUAGUGUAGUUUUACUACUAUAUUUGGGAAUGGGUAGUGUAUAACCUAUAUAGGGAAUGGGUGUAGUGUACUACUAUAUAGGAGUGGGGGACUUUACAUUUUUUUACAUUUUAGUCAUUUAAACAGACGCUCUUUUAUCCAGAGCGACUUACAGAGGCAAUUAGGGGUUUAAGUGCCCUUUCUUAAGGGCACAUCAACAGAUUUUUCACCUAGGUCGGCUCGGGGAUUGAACCAGCGACCUUUCGGUUACUGGCACAACGCUCUUUCCCACUAAGCUACCUGCCGCCCUAAUGUACUACUAUAUAGGGAAUGGUAGUUGUAAAUACUAAUAGGGAAUGGGUUGUACUACUAUAUAGGGAAAAGGGUGUGUAGUGUACUACUAUAUGGGAAUGGGUAGUGUACUACAUAUAGGGGAAAGGGUAGUGUAACUACUAUAUAGGGAAUGGGUAGUGUACUACUAUAUAGGGAUAGGGUUUGUGUAGUGUACUACUAUAUAGGGAAUGGGUAUUUUACUCUAUAUAGGAAUGGGUAGUGUACUACUAUAUAGGGAAUGGGUAGUUGUACUACUUUAUAGGGAAUGGGUAGUGUAGUGUACUACUAUAUAGGGAAUGGGUAGUGUACUACUAUAUAGGGAAUGGGUAGUGUACUACUAUAUAGGGAAUGGGUAUUGUACUACUAUAUAGGGAAUGGGUAGUGUAAUAACUGUAUGACCUUUUAGAUACUUAACCCUGAUUAUUAUCAUUAGGAGUAUUUCCAUGACCUUUAGAUACAUUAAAGUAUUAUUAUCUUAUGAGUAUUACCAAUGACCUUUGAUCAGAAUGUAUAUUAUUUAUGUUAUUACAUACCUUUAGAUAAUAACAGGUAUUAUUAUUAAUUUUGAGUUAUUACCAUGACCUUUAGAUACAUUAACAUGUAUUAUUAUUAUUAUGAGUUAUUACCAUGACCUUAGAUACAUUAACUUAUUAUUAUUAUUAUGAGUUUAUUACCAUGACCUUUAUACCUUACAUGUAUUAUUAUCAUUAUGAGUUAUUACCAUGACCUUUAGAUACAUUAACAUGUAUUAUUAUCAUUAUGAGUUAUUACCAUGACCUUUAGAUACAUUAACAUGUAUUAUUAUUAUUAUGAGUUAUUACCAUGACCUUUAGAUACAUUAACAUGUAUUAUUAUUAUUAUGAGUUAUUACCAUGACCUUUAGAUACAUUAACAUGUAUUAUUAUCAUUAUGAGUUAUUACCAUGACCUUUUAGAUACAGUAACAUUGUUAUUAUUAUUCCAGUUAUUGUUAUGCAGCUGUAUACUGUAACAUUAUUCCCCCCAAAAUAGUUUUACUUACACAAUUGCUUUACCUUUUGUGCCGUUUGUUAUGAGAAUUUGACUGUAAUAUUUCCCAGGAAAAUAAUCCAAAUUAAAUACUUAUAUAAGCCCCACCAUGAUUAUUUUUCUACGUUUACUGAGUGUCGGCCAUUUUGUCAUCUCCAACAGGUGAAGGAGACAAUGAAGGAGUCCAUUAAGGAGCACCUCCUGGAUGAGGAGGAAGAGGAGGAGGUAAGUAGCGUAGAGGCUAGAGAAACAGGCCACUAACCAAAGGGUUGCCGGUUCGAAUCCUAGAUCCGACAAGAAAUCGUGUGGGGAGUGAGCCAACAACUGGAGGGUUAUAAGCAAAAAGACUACAAAAUAUUAUUCUUCUUCUAGAUGAGGUGGCGGGAGGAGAAGUGUAAGUCCCUGUCUCCGUUGGAGUAUAACCUGACCAUGGACACUGCCAAACUGUUCAUGUCCUGUCUCCACGCCUGGGGCCUCAUCGGACCGCUGGACGAGGUGUGUCUGAGACGAAUGGGCAUGUUACAACCCCACUGCCCCAUCUCCUUCGGCCUCAUCUCCCGUGGAGGUCACAUGUCUCUCAUGCUGCCCACCUUCAAGGUAAAGAUUUAGAUUUUUAAGGCUUUCUGAAUAUGUUAGCUGAUCAUUUAUUUUAAAUAAAGAAUAAAUAAAAUCAGAAUUUUCUGUUUUUGGAAUCGGUACUAAUCGAUUAAUUGAUUCAUCGAACUCCUUCGUACUGAUUAGGAGUCCCUGCUGCGUCAGAUGGCCCUGUCCACGGGCAGGAAGUUGUCCCUGUCAGAGAUGGUGGGUAAAGGGACGUACGGAGUGUCCCGGGCCGUGACCACCCAGCACCUGCUCUCUGUCAUCUCAUUGGCUAACACCCUGAUGGGCAUGACCAACGCCACCUUCGAGGGAGAACACAUGAAGAAGGCUCCCGUCAGGUACGCAGAAUGCACGGACACACACACACACACACACACACACACACACACACACACUGCUAAAUAAUUAAUCAAAUGGCUACCUGGACUAACUGCAUCAACCCUUUUUUGCACUAAUUAUCUUGCACCGGCUCUAUGCACACACGUUAGACUCUACCCACACACUCACCCAUACUUACACCGACACCCCAACGCACAAAUCAAAUGUUAUUUGUCACAUGCUUGGUAAACAACAGGUGUUAGACUAACAGUGAAAUGCUUACUGACGGGCCCUUACCCACAAUGCAGAGAGAGAGAGAAAAUAGAGAAAUAAUAGAAAAGUAAAACACGUACUAAUAAAAGUAAUAAUAGAUACACAAUGAGGAACGAUACACACUUAGCUACAGUAUAUACACGGGGUACCAGUAGUGAGUCGAUGCAGGGGUACGAGGUAACUGAGGUGGAUAUGUACAUAUACUGUAGGUAGGGGUAAAGUCACUAGGCAACAGCAUAGAUAAUAAACAGUAGCAGCAGUGUAUGUGGUGAGUCAAAAAAUGUCAGUACAAAAAUUGUCAAUGCAGAUAGUCCGGGCAGCUAUUGGUUAACUAUUUAACUAACUAUUUAGCAGUCUUAUGGCUUGGGGGUAGAAGCUGUUAAGGGUCCUGUUGGUCCCAGACUUGAUGCAUCGGUACCGCUUGCCGUGCGUUAGCAGAGAGAACAGGGUGGUUGGAGUCUUUGGUAUACAGGUCCUGAAUGAUGCCUAUGCAUAAUGAUUGGAUCCUCAGUCUUAGCCUGGUGGUCUAUUGUUUACCUGUAUGUGUGCUCAGAGGCCUACUUUAGGGUCUGUAAUACCUCCAGGCCCCAUGGCCAUUGUGAGCCCUUGGCCUGGUGUGGGGUGCCUUGAGCUGGGGCAGGAUUGCUCCACAGGCUGGUGGGUGUUGCUGGGCAGUAUUGAGGAGUUUUACAGACUUUAGUUUGCUAUUUGUACAGAGAGCAGCGAGCAGAGAGAGGAGAGGAGGUGGUCUGA